ACACAUUUCCACUCUCCUUUCUGAAUCCUGGUUUCUACCUCUGUCCCUGACUCUUCCAUGUAGAAGUGCUCUCCGUGGAGCAGGUCAAUGAGACUGCAGUGAGAGAGUUCGUAUUCCUUGGCUUCUCAUCCCUGGCCAGGCUGCUGCAGCUGCUCUUUGUUAUCUUCCUGCUCCUCUACCUGUUCACUCUGGGCACCAAUGCAAUCUCCACUUCCACCGUUGUGCUGGACAGAGCCCUUCAUACUCCCAUGUACUCCUUCCUUGCCAUCCUCUCUUGCUCUGAGAGUUGCUACACCUUUGUCAUUGUACCCAAGAUGCUGGUUGACCUGUUGGCCCAGAAGAAGACCAUUUCUUUCCUUGGCUGUGCCAUCGAAAUGUUUUCCUUCCUCUUCCUUGGCUGCUCUCACUCCUUCCUGCUGGCAGCCAUGGGCUAUGAUCGCUACAUGGCCAUCUGUAACCCACUGCGCUACUCAGUGCUCGUGGGACAUGGGAUGUGUAUGGGACUAGUGGCCACUGCCUGUGCCUGUGGCUUCACUGUGUCCCUGGUCACCACCUUCCUAGUAUUUCAUCUGCCCUUCCACUCCUCCAACCAGCUCCAUCACUUCUUCUGUGACAUCUCCCCUGUCCUUAAACUGGAAUCUCAGCACUCCGGCCUCAGUCAGCUGGUCAUAUUCAUGCUUGGUGUAUUUGCCUUGGUCAUUCCUCUGCUACUUAUCCUAGUCUCCUACAUCUGCAUCAUCUCUGCCAUUCUAAAAAUCCCUUCCUCCAUUGGAAGAUACAAGACCUUCUCUACCUGUGCCUCCCAUCUCAUUGUGGUAACUGUUCACUAUGGUUAUGCUUCUUUCAUAUACUUAAGGCCCAAAACCAAUUACUCUUCAAGGGAAGACACCCUAAUAUCUGUGUCAUAUACCAUCCUUACCCCAUUGUUCAAUCCAAUGAUGUAUAGUCUGAGAAAUAAGGAAUCCAAAUCAGCCCUACGAAGAACAAUCAGCCAAACUUUAUAUCCUCUUAAUUAAAGAGCCAUUUUUUAAACUGCUAAUGCUUAGUACAUGCCAGGCAAA